GGCCCCGCCCUCGGCCGUGGGCAGUUGGUGCUCGUGCCUGCAGUGAGCGUGCGUUGCUGGUUGCUAGGAUACCGCGGGCUCUGUUCGUUGUGGCCGUUGAAUCCGAGGCAGCUGGAAGAGACGGCGAUACCCACAGCGAUACCGGCAGCGAUACCCACAAACCGGGGGACAGUCAGACUUAUUACACACCUCACACAGCCGCAGCCCUGCAGGUACCGCUGGGUGACUUAUAGUCUGAUCAGUGCUAAGUUCAUUGUCAAUAUGUAAAACAUGUAUAAAGUAAAUUAACUGCUUUAAACAAUAUUCUACAAACUAUACAUUGUCAGUUUAGUGAUAUAAAACAAACCUUACACAGGGAGCCAUGAUAUUCAGUAACAUAACAGUCUAUAACACUAUAAACAUAGUGUCAGGACAACUUUCACAUAAUAUACAGUAUAUAUAAUUAUAAAAUGUUAUCUUACUCUAUAUUAAUAAUAAUAAUAAUCGUUUCAUCAAGUUUUAAAAGGCUAUAUAUAUUUAAUGAGAAGUAUCAUCCCUCCCCUCAGUAUGUGAGAGGACCUGUCUGCCAAAUACUAACACCUUGGGUCACACAGAGUUUGAAAGCAGUCAGUCUCUAUGGUCUUGGCUGUGUUAAUGCAGGGAUUACCAUAGAGACUGACUGACAGUCUGACUGACCUAUGGUGUAUGUCUAUGGCUGAAGGAUCCUGUCAUAUACUAAAGCACCAGAGCCCCACUCCAAAGGCAACCCCAAUCUUGGGGUCCUGUCCCACUGACCCGAUUUAGUUCCUUGGUGCUCGCUGUUACAAAUGCGUCAAACUCCAAGUGUGCGCAUGACUUGGUUCUGGCAGUGUACGGGUUAAACUGCACUAUUUGGUGAAUACAACUCUUUAAGUGACGUAGGCGCUAAACAGUGAUUAUUUAUCUAAAACAGUUUACACAAUUGUGCAAAUAUAGCAGCACUUUAAAGUGUACUUAGCUCCACAAAACACUCCAAAUAGAUAAAAAUAUUUUAAGGCGCGCUGUGAUUUUAAGACAAUUUUUUUUUUUUAUAUACAAAACCCAUGUAAUGUAAUGUAGAUGAGUGUAAUAUUUAAAGUGCAAAUAUCUAUGGGCUUAAUUUAUACUGAAAGUGCACUUCAAACCCACUUACAAACAUCACUUGGAUGUUUUAUCAAGGCAAUUACAGUUAGUGCAUGCUUCAUCUGCUCUCUGUUUGUGAGUGGUUUCAUUCAUAGAAUUUUACUCUCUUGUAUUUUAACUAUAUUACACUAUAUAUUUAUUUCCUUUAUAUGGAAUGUGUAAGCUGUGUGACCACACCGGGGGCCCUAGCAGCAGGUGUGCCAUGUGGCCGACAUAACUCCCACACUCCCACAAUGACAGGUGUGAUGGGGUGCAAAGAACACUCCUAUAAUGUAGGUUUUGCUCUGUAGCAUGGCCGCACGGCACCCGAGUGGAAGAUUUCCAUAUUCUCCACCUGGGCCUAUCAGAGAACAUAAUAAGGCAGCCGGGGGGCAGAACUACAUGGGAGUGGGGUGCAGCUAAGCAAGCAACAGGGGCAGAGAUGAAUGGCCAACGGGGGCGAUCUGGACCUGUGUCCGGUUGCUUCUGCAUACUGAGGGGGAAGCACAAAGGAGUCUCUGCUUCCCCAACAACUACACACCUGGGACUGCAGUGCCCCUGCUCCUCAUCCAGCAAGUGCCUCUAAUGGAAAGAGGUACUUGUGUGUGUGUGUGUGUGUGUGACGGUUUGUCUGUAACUGUGAGUGUGUCUGCCUGUAACUGUGUGUUUGUCAGCAUAACUGUCUGUGUGUGUGUGUGUGUCUGUCUGUCUGUAACUGUUUGGGUGUUUUUCUGUCAUUAACUGCAUGGGUGUAUGUCUGUAACUGUUUGUUUGUCAGCCUGUAACUGUGUGUCUGUCUGUAACUCUGUGUGUGUGUCUGCCUGUAACUGUGUGUGUCUGCCUGCAUGUAAUUGUGUGACUGCCUGUAACUGUGUGUGUGAUUGUCUGCAACUGUGUUUGUAUAUGUGUGUCUGUCUGCCUGCCAGUAACUGUGUGUGUAUGUGUGUCUGACUAUCUGCGUGUCACUGUGUGCUUGACUGUCUGUAACUGUGUUUGUGUAUGCGUGACUGUCUCUAACUGUGUAUCUGUCUGUAAUGAUGUGUGUGACAGUUUGUAACAGUGUGUGUGUUACUGUCUGCUUGUAAUGUGUGUGUGUGUGUGACUGUAACUGAGUGUUUGACUACCUGUAAUUGUGUGGGAUAGUGUGCGUGUGACUCUGCAAAAAUACACACCUUCCUUCACACAUGGGCAUAUGUGCAUAAACACACAGCCAAUAAACCCUGCACAAACAUCAAACGCAGCCAAUAAACCCUGCAUAAACAUCACACACAUGGCCAAAAAGUGCAUAUGACACACAGUCAAUAUACCCAUUACAAUAUCAUACAUGGCCAUCACGGGUAUUAAAGACAACACACACAGUACAUCAUAUUGUUCUGAUAUUUAUUACAGGGGAGCUCUGUCUUAGAGAAUGCACAUUACUUUGUGUUUUAUAGUUGGGAUGCUCUGUGAUACACUAAAAUGCACAUUACUGGGAGUUGUAUUGCAACACUAAGUCUGCCCUCACUGGCUGUCUACCAGCUACCUAAUUGAAGAUAUUGCCUUUUCUGAGAAAACUGUCAAACAGUGGGUGCAAGAGUCAGGGAUAUAAGAAUUAUAUCACCACUCUCACCAGGGCCGGUGCAAGGAUUUUUGCCGCCCUAGGCAAAAGAAAGAUUUGCCACCACCCCCGGAACUGCAAUGCCCCACCCAUAUGAACUAAUGCCAGUGCUGCACACAGUGUGUGUUUACAUUAAAAAGCCUGCAGGGACAAACUAUAGACACCAGAACAACUUUAUUAAGCUGCAGUGGUUCUAGGGGACUAUAGUGUCCAUUUAAUGUGAGGUAAAUUAGAGAUUAGUGUCACUAAUAAUAUACUAGAUUGCCUACUUACAAUCAGAUUAGGAUGGUGAUGGGCUCUGGCUGCAGUCUGGCUCCACUGGUCUGGUGUAGAACAGGAUCUCUGGAGGCUGUUUGUAACUGUGGUCACAAAAUUCAAUGUUCUGGGAGAACGGGAAGCAGCUCCAUUUUUGGGGCCUCUUACAUAGCUCAAGGUCUGGGCCCCAGGGCCUGACGGUGAGUAUGCCCAUAAAGCCCACCCAUAAGGCCACCUACAUGUUCCACCCAUGAACUCACAGGGAGUAGAGUGUGUAGGGGAUGUGUUAUGUGUUACUGUAGAGGAUCUAAUGUGUGUGCUUACGAAUGUAGUGUAUAGGGAUACCAGUUUGUGUAGGUGAUGCAGUGUUGUUUGUGUAAGGGAUAGAAAGCAGUGAGUGUUUGUGUAUAAGGGAUGUAUUGUGUGUUUCUUGUUGUGUGUUAGGGAUGCAUUGUGUGAAUCUGUGUUUGUAUGCAUAAGGGAUGCAAAGUGUGUUUCUGUGUAUGUAAGGGAUGCAGUGUGUGUGUCUGUAAGGGGUGUGUUGAGAUGCAUUGUGUUUCUGUGUGUGUGUGUAAGAAAAACAGUGUGUGUUUGCAUGUGUGUGUAACGGAUGCAUUGUGUGUGUUCUGUGUAUAUGUGCAAAGGAUGCAUUGUCUUUAUGUGUAAGGUUUGCAUUGUGUGUUUCUCUGUGUGUAAGGGAAGCAUGUUGUGUUUCUGUGUGUAUAGGGAUGCAUUGUGUGUGUGUGUGUGUGUGUGUGUGCGCGUGGUGUGAAAGAGCUCCCUGUCCCUCUGUCCUAUAGAGCUCUCCCUUCCAUUCCUUAGAGAUCUCCCCUGCCCCUUAGUGGUCUCUCCUCUCCCCCCCACCUCCCUUAGUGGUCUCCUUUUCUCCCCGACUUUCCAUUAGUGGUCUCUCCUCUCCCCCCACCCUCCCCUAUCCUCCACCCCCCUCCCUUAGCGGUCUCUCCACUGCCCCCUCCCUCCUUUAGUGGUCUCUCCCUCCCCUACUUUCUCAUCUCCCACCCCUCGUGUUCUCCUCUUCUUCUCCCCCCGUGUUUUCCUCUUAUUCCCCCCCUCCCUGUGUUCUCCGCUUCUUCUCCCCCCUGUAAUUUUGUCUUCUUCUCCCCUCCCCCCAUAAUCUUCUCCCCUCCCCCCCCUGUAAUCACUUCUUCUCCCCCGUAAUCUUCUCUUCUUCUCCCCCUAUAAUCUUCUCUUCUUCUCCCCCCCUCCCAUCAAUCAUCUCCCCCUCCCAUCAAUCAUCUCCCCCCCUCCUGCAUCAAUCAUCUCCCCCCAAUCAAUCAUCUCCCCCCCUCCCUCCCAUCAAACAUCUCCCCCAUGUCUCCCCCCUCCCAUCUUCCCCUCCCUCCCAUCAAAUCUCCCCCCAUCAUCGCCUCCUCUCCCCAUCAUCAUCAUCCCCAUCCCAUCAAUCAUCUCCCCAUCAUCUCCCCCCUCCACUCAAUCAAUCAUCCCCCCCUCCCCAUCUCCCCCCAUGAUCAUCAUCUCCCCAUCAUCAUCAUCUCCCCCUUCCCUCCCAUCAAUCAUCUCCCCAUCAUCAUCUCCCCUCCCAUCAUCUCCCCCUCCAUCUCCCCCAUCAUCAUCAUCUCCCCCCUCCAUCAAUCAUCCUCCCCUCCCAUCAUCUUCAUCAUCUCCCCCCUCCACUCCAAUCAAUCAUCUCCCCCAUCAUCUCCCCCCUCCAUCUCCCCCAUCAUCAUCUCCCCUCCCAUCUCCCCAUCAUCAUCAUCUCCCCCCCCUCCCAGCAGCUUCUCCUCACCUCCCCGGCCCUGUAGCGUGGCCGAGCUCCUAUCCGGUCCGCGACCCGGCGGACUGACAGGAAGUGCACACUCGGUGUGCACUUCCUGUCAGUCCGGCCGGGUCGCGGACCGGAAAGGAGCUCGGCCACGCUACAGCAGGGCAGGGGAGGUGAGGCACUGCGGCAGCCGCCUGAGCGCUCUCUAUAGAGCGCUCAGGCGGCUGCAGAAUUUAAAGGGCCGGCGAUGGGGGCGCAGGGCGCCCCCUCCUAUAUGGCGCCCUAGGCGGCUGCCUAGUUCGCCUUAUAGGAAGCGCCGGCCCUGACUCUCACCAGUGUAUAUAAAUAAGAGAAAAACUGAAUAACUUACCAUUAAUCAAACGAUAUUGCUAUGUGCAUUUAAAUAAGAGGUUUAGAUUAAAAUAACAAAGUGUAAAUUCACUUGCCAUUGUCAAUGCAAGUCACUUAGGUGAGUCAGACACUAACAAUUUGAAAAGGCAUAGACCAGUGGUUCCCAAACGUUUUAUGUUCAAGGCGCCCUUAAUAUUUCAGUAUUUUUCCAAGGCACCCCAAGUCAAAAUUUCUAGGUUGUAUAUCUGUACAGCGCUGCUGCAUUUACUGGCGCUAUAGUGUAAUGUACAGUGUUGGUGUUUUAAGGGAUGCUUGUAUACAUUUAUUGAGUUUUAAUACAGGGGUGUGCUUGUGAUGUUUGCGUUUGAUUGCAGGAGUGUGCUUGUAUGUUGUGCUGGUGUUUGACUGCUUGGCUGUGUGCACAUACAUACAUACUUACACAGAUAUUCAUGCACAUUAACACACAAAUGCAUAUAAAUACACCGACAUAUACACACAAAUUGAUAUAUACACCGACACCUACACACAAAUUGAUAUAUACACCGACACCUACACACAAACAUUGAUACAUGUCCACACCAUGAUAGAGAUACACAUUGACAUAAAAACACACACCCUGACACACAGAUGUGUAUAUAUCUAAAAAAUAAAAAUCCCCUGUACUCACACUUUAACUCACUCAUUGCCAGGUGCAUAAGCCUGAGCUCCAACAACACAACAUUCGAUAUAGAAUGGCUACUCACCAGUCUUUUAAAAUGCAAAUAUUUUAUUGGAUAAAGUUUAAAAAGUUUGUUGUCCUGUUAUUGACCCUGAAGAAAGUCCAGAUCGGGGACUGAAACGUUGGUCAUUUAAAAAAACUUUAUCCAAUAAAAUAUUUGCAUUUUAAAAGACCGGUGAGCCGCCAUUGUAUAUCGGGUGUUAAAUACACACACACUCAUACACAUACCCACACAAACACUCAAACUCAUACACACACACUCAUACACUCACGUGAUUUUUUUUAAUUUUGUUAUAUCUCCAACCACCCUCCUGUUAGCUUACCUUAUGUGCCAGAAAUGUGGCUUGGAGUCCUGCUGCUGUCUUUGAGCUCCUUUCCCCUCACGCUGUGGCUGCCUCCUCUGACUCCCGCGCUGUGUCCCUGCAGAAUGAAGUGACAGGCUGUCAUAAAGGACCGUGGCACUCGACCCGGACCCUGUUGAACAAUAAAUAUUCUGUGGCACCCCUGUUUGCACGUCGCGGUGCCCACACAGUUUGGGAACCGCUGGCAUAGACCAAAUCAUUCAACUUACUCUUCUUCAUUGCAUAAAACUUACCAGUAGGACCCUCAUAAACCUUUAACCUUCAGGGUGGUUUUACUGGGGACUGAAUAUGGAAAUAUUUGUUAACUACUAUAGAAGGAAUAGCUUGAGAUAUGCAUUCUCCAUAUAUCAAUAUAUCUGUUUUGCUUUCAAACAUUUACAUCAGUUUGCUGUUAAAGAAAACAUCAGAAGAUUUUAAUAGAAUGUCUGGGCAGGAUAUUGGAGACGUGAAUUCUGAAGUCAAACCAAAAUCAAUGACUCGUGCAAAGCAGUGGUCAGAUGAGAUUGAAAAUUUGUACAGAUUCCAAACAGCAGGCUAUCGAGAUGAACUGGAAUACAAGCAUGUAAAACACGUUGACUUGGUAAGGUAUUUGUUUGACUUUUAUAGCUAUACAAAUGAGAUACAAUUUAUUUUAAAGUGACACUAUAGUCACCAGAACAACUACAGCUUAUUGAAUUUGUUCUGGUGAGUUGAUUCAUUACCUUCAGGCUUUUUGCUGUAAACACUGUCUUUUCAGAGAAAAUGCAGUGUUUACAUUACAACCUAGUGAUACAUCCACUUGCCACUCCUCAGAUAGCUGUUAGAGAUCCUUCCUGGGUCAUGGCUGCCUAAAAUGCAUCCAAACAUUCAGUAUCUCCUCACUCUGCAUGCAGACACUGAACUUUCCUCAUAGAGAUUCAUUGAUUCAAUUCAUCUCUAUGAGGAGAUGCUGAUUGGCCAGGGAUGUGUUUGAAGCAUGCUGGCUCUGCCCCUGAUCUGCCUCUUUGUCCGUCUCAGCCAAUCCUAUGGGGAAGCAUUGUGAUUGGAUCAGGCUACCACUUCUGAUGAUGUCAGCACACUGCUUGUUUUUUGAGUCUAACAGCAUGAAGAGUUACAGCUUCAAGCUUGAAUACAGUAAGAUUUUUACUAUAUUUAUGGAGGCAUGAGGGACCCAGGGGGCCUAGAUGGUGGUUUUAACACUAUAGGGUCAGGAAUACAUGUUUGUGUUCCUGACCCUAUAGCGAUCCUUUAAUUGAAUACACCAAAGGACAGUCUUAACUCUUCAUAGGUAAAGAAUGUGAGCAUUGUGGCAAAUUAAUUGUUGAAUGAAUGAGAACAUACCCUUAAGGGAUCCUCAAUUGGUUGAAAUUUUUUUUGUAGCAUUAAAGGGUUACGCCAACCCUUUGUUGUGAGAGGCUUUUUUUGUAUAAAAGGCCUACUGGGCACUAAAAAGUAGGUCCCCCUCCUUAGUUAGCAGUAAAAUCUGUAUAUAUAUAAAAAUAAAAAAAUAAAGGUUUUUACUCAUCUGGAAUCCAGCAUCAGACACCACCAAGGAUCUCGCACUGUACAAUUACAGGCUUCUCAUAAAGUAGCCUGUAAUUGGACUGUUUUACUGGCAGAGACGGCAUAAUCUAAACAGACCAGGGAGGGGGUGGGAAUUAUUAUUAUUUAUUUUUUUUAAAACAAACAAUUUUAUUGGGUGGGGAGAAAAAUGCUACUCCUUGCCGGAGCAGCCUGGCUGUGCGUGCUGAUGACAGACAUAUUUUAUGAGUUGACAUUGGGUAGCCCAGAAUAGAGUGUAACUCUGGGGUAUAACUAGCCCCGGUACACAAGUGCAGAUUACUGAAACACUGCACAUACAUACUUCUACCACUAUGACCACUUCAAAUCACUGAAUUGGUCAUGGUGGUUGUAGUAACCCUUCAAAACCAUUUUGUUGCUUUUUGCCUACAUUUUGUAAUACAAACUGUAGUGUAUUGCAAAAUGUAUGCAAAAAGCAUAGAUUUAUUGGAGACACUUUCCCCAACUCUAUAGAAAGUUCUAGAGGGUUAGAGUCUUCCCUGUCUCAUUCCCAGCACAGUAACAAGGAAGACAAUAGUGACUAACUGCUGGUUUUCAACAUUGUCUGACCCAAGGUGCAUGUAUACGGCUGAGGGAUCCUGUAAUAUACUAGGGAUGAGUUUUUCAUAAUUUUUUACAUAUAUUUAAUUAUUUUUUUUUUUAAAUCGAUUUCCUUUCUAUACUUGAUUAAACUAAUGAACUAAUGGAAACAGGAGGCAAACCUCCCUGGCUAUCUGAUUGACAGUGAUGGGUGUCUUAUUAAUUCAUUAUAAAACUGCCAAGCUGAAGAGCUUUAUUGGUCUGUAGUGGUCCUUUAAUGCAUAAUAUAGACAGAUCUCAAAAUGUGAUUCCUACACUACGAACUAGACCUAAAAUUUAGUUGGAAAAAAAGCUCGACUUAACCUCCAACAAGCACAUAAACAUCUUUGUGUAUGAAUGUUGAUGCUUAUUGGCAUGGAGGGCCAGUGCAUAUGAAUGAUGGGGUAUAAUUGAGUGUCAGUGCAUGUAAAUGUGAAUGCUUAAAUCAUUGGAUUAAUUUGUGCAAAUGCUAUUUUAAUAUAAUAGUGUUAGUGCACUGUAAAAAAAAAUGAGCUGGUUUCAUAGUAGUAGUGUAAUGGGCAAGGGCAGUGUGAGGAUUGUGGGAGUAAAGGAAUAGUGCACAAUAGCAAGAUUGUGGGCAUAAAGGAUGAGUGGAAAAUGUCUGGAUAGUAGAUAUAAAGGAAGAAUAACAAAGUUAGUCCCAUUAAAAUGAAGAUUUUAUAUUUUGAAAUGACUUUCAAAAUUCAAGGGAGGUUGUAUAUCCCUGUAUAGCUUGUGUCUUUUGGUUUUCUCUAGAGCAGGGGUUUGAAAGUCAAGGCACGUUUCACAGUUGUACUUCCAGAUAGAUGUGCAUGUGCAAAGAUGUGUAACCACAAGUACACAUAGAGAUAUAUAUACUCCCCAACAUUUCCAUAAUCAUAAUAUACAUUCCCCCACAAAUCAUUCACCAUGGCCAAGCUCUCGAUGGAGAAUGCUUCCCUGUGCUGUGUGCCCCCACAGCAUCAUCACGAGAGCUGCAUGAAAGUUUUGGGUUGCUAGGAAUAGUGUGUGAAUUGCUAGCUUGAGAACCCUGCUUUAAGGGAAUACCUGAUUGUUUAAUCAAAUCUAUCUUCUAUUUGUUAUUGAUAUUUUGUUUUUCCUUUUUCAUGUGACAGGUGGAUCGUUGGCCUGAAACAGGCUUUGUGAAAAAACUGCAAAGAAAAGAUAAUACCUUCUAUUACUACAAUAAGCUUAGAGAAUGUGAAGAUAAGGAGGUUCAUAAAGUUAAGGUGUAUGCAUAUUAAAAAAAAUAAAUAAAUAAAAACAGCUUGAUGGAUGAACUGCCAAUUGUAGUAUUCAUACUGAUUUAUUUUCUCGAUAUGUCUG